UAGGGACAGCUCAAGGACACAGAGACGUGGUGUCAUGCUGACAGAUGAAAUAGGAUUGGCUGGAGAGAUGAGCUCUUAUUUUGAGCACAGGCCCGGUGUGGUCUCACUCUACAGGAAACAGUCUGCUGUACUUGAGCCUGAAAGCCAUUCAAUCCAUCAGUUCAGGUGUGUGAGUGAGUGAGUAGUGGCGAUGGCAAGCAUGUUCACUCGAAUGCUUUCGGGACGCAACACGGCUGUGAUCAUGGCCAGCCUGGGCGCAGGUACCCUGGUAUCCAGCUAUGUCAUGAUGACUGAGUCAGGAGUCUCUGCUGGGGAGAAAAAGAAGCUGUACCCACCCAGUGCUGACUACCCAGACCUGCGCAAACACAACAACUGCAUGGCUGCUGCUUUGACCCCUGCUAUUUAUGGCCAUCUGAGGGACAAGCUGACCCCUAAUAACUGGAGUCUUGACCAAUGCAUUCAGACUGGAGUGGACAACCCUGGUCAUCCCUUCAUCAAGACUGUGGGCAUGGUGGCUGGUGAUGAGGAGAGCUAUGAGGUGUUUGCUGAAAUCUUUGACCCAGUCAUUAAGGACAGGCACAAUGGCUAUGACCCUACAACCAUGAAGCACCCAACAGACCUGGACAGCUCAAAGAUCAGCUCCGGGAUGUUCGACGAGAACUAUGUGCUGUCAUCACGUGUGCGUACAGGGCGCAGUGUCCGUGGACUCAGUCUGCCACCGGCUUGCACCCGCGCUGAACGCCGUGAGGUGGAGCGUGUGGUGGUCCAGGCUCUUUCUGGACUGAAAGAGGAUUUGGCGGGCAAAUACUACAGCCUGACAGAAAUGACUGAGAAGGAGCAGCAGCAGUUGAUUGAUGAGCACUUCCUCUUUGAUAAGCCAGUGUCUCCUCUCCUCACUUCAGCUGGUAUGGCAAGAGAUUGGCCAGAUGCUCGUGGGAUUUGGCAUAACAAUGAAAAGACAUUUUUGAUCUGGAUCAAUGAGGAGGAUCACAGCCGUGUAAUUUCUAUGGAAAAGGGCGGGAAUAUGAAGAGGGUGUUUGAGAGGUUCUGCAGAGGACUGAAAGAGGUAGAGAGGCUGAUUCAGGAGAGAGGCUGGGAGUUUAUGUGGAAUGAGCACUUGGGAUAUAUCCUGACCUGCCCCUCUAACCUAGGCACCGGUCUGAGAGCUGGAGUCCACGUCCGUCUGCCCCUCCUUAGCAAGGACUCGCGCUUCAAUAAAAUUUUGGAUAAUCUCAGGCUACAAAAACGUGGCACAGGAGGUGUGGAUACUGCGGCUGUGGGUGACACUUUCGACAUCUCCAACCUUGACCGUCUAGGCAAAUCUGAGGUUGAGCUUGUUCAGUGUGUGAUUGAUGGCGUCAACUACCUGAUCGACUGUGAAAAGAAUCUCGAGAAGGGCCAAGACAUCACUGUUCCUCCACCAGUAACCCAGUUCAGGAAAUGAUGUUAUCCUUGUGAGAGGAACUGAGGGUUAGGCAGCUGAGAGACCUGUAACCUGUUGACUCUCUCCAUGUUAUCUACAGGUCUUACUAAAUGGAACUCAACUGAAUAAAUUAUUCAUAUUUUAA